AUGACCGGAGGUUAUGAUAUUACAACUGGAGGUGGAGGUGGAGGCAGCAAUGGAUUCGGAGGUGGUGAAUUCGGAGGCGGUGGUUCGUUUGGUGGUGGUGGUGGUGAUUUUGGCGGCGGUGAUUUCGGUGGUGGUGACAUUGGGAUAGACCAAGGUUUACCUCCAGAGGAAAUAGCGAGAAGACGGCGAAUCCUAGCUGCAAGAAUGGCUCGAGCCAGACGAAUAAGGCGAAUGAGAAUGAUGCAAGCUGCUAGAAGACGAGCAAUUCGCAGAGAAAUGGAAAGACGAAGAGCUUUAGCCAAUAACAGACCAAAACCCAAUCUAAACGGUGGUGGACCAAGACCGAUGCCAAGUGGUAAUCAACCAACUAACACUGCUAAUACAGAUAAUAUUGAUGUCAAUGAUGGCACUGAUGACAUUGAUAAUACUGAUAAUACGGAUAAUUCAGAUAAUGUGGAUAAUGUGGAUAAUAAUGAUAAUGGUGGUGCUGAUGGAGCUGAUGGAGCUGAUGGUGACACCCAAUAUGACCAGGCUGGCGGUGGUGACUAUAAUUGA